AAAUGUUCAUUUCUUCCACCUUGAAGCCCUAUUCUUUGUCAUAUGUAAUUCCUUAUGUUCUGGUUCUUCUGUGUCUCUGUUUCUUUUCUGUUUUCUUCGGGGGAUUUUUUUUAAUGCAUUACCUAAAUGUAGGUGUUCCUGUGGCUCCAUUCUUGACUUUAUUCUACAAGCAUGAUCUAAGCUGUUUCCCUGAUUUCAUCUCUUAUCUGUAUGCUUAUGACCUUUCUGUCAAGCUUUGGAUUCAUAUCUCCAACGGGCAACUACUGCUUUACCUGGAUACCUCAUAUCCAUUUCAAUUCCACUCAGUCACUCAGAAUAGAAACCUGUAGUUAACUGUGAAUUCCCCAACACUACCUUCUUUACUUUUUAUAUCUAAUGAAACAUCAAGCCAUGACUGUUUUACCUGUUCCCUUAUCUCCAGCCCUACUCUUCCCAUACUAGCUCAGGCCCUCAACACCUUUCCUAGAGCUUUGCUACUCAAAGUGUGGUUUGUGGCCAGCAUCAUCAGCAUCACUUGGGAGCUUGUUAGAAAAAAGAAUUUCAGGCCUCAUUGCAGACUUACUAAAUCAGAAACUGCAUUUUGACAAGAUCACUAGGUGAUUUGUUCUCACAAUAAAUUUUGAGAAGCAUUGUUCUAGAAUAUUGCCACAGCCUCCUAACCACUCUCCCUACCAUCAGUUUUAUCUCUCCAAAUCAACCUUCAGUUUAACCAUGAGAGUGUUUCACCUAAAGUGCACAUCUUUCCAUGUCACUCCCUGCUUUAAAAUCCUCGCUUGAUUCUCCUUUUUCUGGGGAUAAAAAUCUAAGCUUCACAGCUCUUUAUCAUCUUUCCCUGCAUACAGUCUCCAGGCUUAUCCCCUGCUACUUCCUGCCAUAUCUGUAUAGGUCAGAACCAACAAACUGCUUAUAAUGGUUUCCAGAAACCAUUACCGUAUUUCUUGUUUCUGUGCCCUUUUUCCUGCUGCCAUUUUACCUGAAACAUCUCCAUGUUCCUCUUCUUUAUCUAAUUCCUACUUAUUCUUUAACAUACUACUUCCUGGGAAGCCUUUUCUGUUCCUUCAAGACUUACCUUCUGUGCUUCCUUAACCUGCAUGUAUAAUUUUCUCUCCAUGUGUCUUUAUCUCCUACUAGAAUGUGUAAGGUCUUUGAGUAAAGGGAUUUCACCUAACUCUAAUGUAUUUCCAGUGCUAGCGAUAGAAACUGGCACAGAGUAGGCCUCCCUCAAUAGCAAUUAGUUUAAUAUUAAAAUUAGUUUAAUAUCACUCUAUAGAAUCAGUGAACUACUAAUCUUGAUAUAUUGAAUGCUAACCCUGCGUUUAUACUAUUUAAGUUUCCUAAUUAAUGUGAUUCAGCAUAUCCCAAAAAGUUAUAUAGAGAUCCAUGUUUUUAUCUAGGAAUUUGAAGAAUGUUGAUUUAGGCAAAAGUAGAAAUAAAAGUGGUAGAGUUUCAGAACACUGAAAAGAAACAAAAUGAAAAAAAAGUGGUAGAGCUUCUAAAAGUAGUAGAUGUUUGGAGAAAUGACAAGCUUUAACUUGUUAGGGUAUUUUUCCUAUUGCUAGGAUGAAAUAAGUACCUUCUAGUUUAAAGGCCAGCAUUAAGUAAAAUUGGAACUGAGUCAGCUAUGAGAAGUGUAUAUAGCCUGGUCACAACUAAAGGGAAAGUCAUGUUAGCAUUCUGAAGUUUCAAGGUUAUUAGAAUAAGGGAAGGAUAUUGGUGAAAUUUUCAUCUGGCCAGGGAGGAAGGCUGACCAUUAGCAUAAUAGAGCUCAAAGAACAAAUUUCCAGCCCGCUUUUGACUGUUCCAUUUUAAGAACAGUAAACAUUUGAGGAUUAAAAAAUAGCUAGAGAAUUUAAAUUAGCUAAUGAGAAUUUCAAAGAACAGAACAGCAGAAGCCCAUAUUAUAAGCAAGCAAGUGGUAAGACAGAAACAGUUUGAUAUAUGACACUUUGACUUUUUCAUCCAUCAGCCCAUCUUCUCCCUUCUUUCUGUCUCUGCCUUUUUUUCCAUCUGUUUUGUUUAUAUAUGUUCCUACUAUACCUAAUCUCUGUCUGUCUUAUAAUUCUCAAUGCUUUCUUCAUGUCCCUUAUCCAGCCCAGAUCUUAUUAGCACAGGAAUGGCUACCAUAACGAUAUGGAACUAAAGUAUCAUUUAGUAUGAGAACCUACGUUUGUCAUAUUUGUAAUAUCACCUUUACAUCUUUAGAAAUGUUCCGGUCCCAUAUGCAAGGAAGCGAACACCAAAUUAAAGAAUCCAUUGUUACCAAUCCAGUGAAGAAUUCGAAGACACGAGACUCUUCCCAAGAUGAAUGUGCAGAUUACAUCCAAGUGCAGAAAGCCAGAGGACUGGAAUCCAAGACUUGUUUCAGAAAGAUGGAAAGGGGUUCUUUGGAAACCCGUGGGUAUAGGGAAUUAGUUGAUUCCAGAUCCAGACAUAGAAUGUUUGAACAAAGACUCCCAUGUGAGUCUUUCCGCACAUACCCAGGAUCAUAUAAUAUUUCACAAACAGGAGAAAACCAGUUACCUCAUUGUUCACCAGCUCAUUCAAAGAAGACCUAUGACUCUUUCCAAGAUGAACUAGAAGAUUACAUCAAAGUGCAGAAAGCCAGAGGACUAGAUCCAAAGAUUUGUUUCAGAAAGAAAAGAGAGAACUCUGUGGAAACCCGUAGGUACAGAGAAGUUGAUUCUGGACCCAGACAAAGAAUGUUUGAGCCAAGAUUUUCACUUGAGACUUCUCAGACCUACCAACAGCCAUAUAAUAUUUCACCAGUAGAAAGCCAGUUAUAUCACCGGUUACCAGCUCAUUCAAAGAGGACUUACGAUUCUUUCCAAGAUGAACUUGAAGAUUACAUCAAAGUGCAGAAAGCCAGAGGAUUAGAGCCAAAGACUUGUUUUAGAAAGAUUAGUGAUAGUUCUACAGAAACCCGUAAGUACAAAGAAAUGGUUGAUUCCAAACAUAGAAUGUUUGAGCAAAAACUCCCAUUGGAGGCUUCCCAGACCUAUACAGGAUCAUACAGUAUUUCACAAGCAGUAGAAAACCAGUUACCUCAUUACUUGCCAACUAAUGACAGCAAACAAAGACUAGACUCCAUGACCUCUUGUCAGCCCAUCAGAGACUAUUUCUCAGAAAAACCAGUACCCCUUAGCCUUAGUCAGCAAGAAAAUAACUCUGGCCCAUACAGUGUAGAAUCUGAAGUUUACAAGCACCUCUCUUCAGAAAACAGUACCAGUGACCAUCAAGCAGGUCAUAAACGGAGACAUCAGAAGAGAAGAAGGCACCUGGAGGAAGGCGAAGAAAGGCCAGAGAAAGAGCAGUCCAAGCAUAAAAGGAAAAAGAGUUGUGGGGAUACUGAUCUAGACAAGGAAAAGAGCAUCCGACAAAGGAAAAGAGAGGGAGAUAAAGUCAGUGUCAGUUCAGGAAAGCUUAAACAUCGAAAAAAAAAAAAAAGCCAUGGUGUACCUACGGAGAAAGAAGAACGUAAGCACAAGAAAGAGAAAAAGAAAUCUGUUGAAGAAAAGACAGAAGAGGAAAUGCUUUGGGAUGAAUCUAUUCUUGGAUUUUGAGCUUUUAGUUUUGUUUACCCAAAGAUUAAUUGAAGAAAUAUCUAAGAAUAUGGAUUUAGACAAACAGGAACAUCUAGUAAAGAGAAGGAGCAGUGGAUACAGUCAGUAUCAGUUUAGGAAAGCUUCGUUUUUGUGUGUGUAAAUUGGAAUUGAAUUGAAAGAAGAAACAAGCUUAAACCUACCCUCUGAGAAAGAACAUAAGAAAAACAUAAAAGCACAACAAGAACAAGAGAAAAGGAAGCCUGUUGAAGAAAAGACCAGAGUCAGUGUUUUGGGAGGAGUCUGUUUUAAGAAUUUGAACAUUUCAUUUUAUUUGCCUAAGGAUGAAUUGAAGGAAUCAGUUUAGAAAAUGGAUUUAGACAAAAAAACAAAAACAUCCAAUGAAGAAGAGAAGAGGUGAAUAUGGUCAUUGUCAAUUCAGGAAAGCUUAGUUUGGGGGCAGGGUGUAAAAACUGGAAAUGAAUUGAAAGAAGAAACAAGCAUAAACCUAGCCUCUGAGAAAGAACAACAUACCAACACAAGAACAGAAAAGAAAAGGAUACCUGUUGAAGAAAGAUGGUGCUUUGGGAUGAGUCUGCUCUUGGAUUUUGAACUGUUUUUAGUUUUUUCCCUUAAGGUUGAGUUGAAGAAAUAAGUUGAAGAGCUUGGUUUCAUGAAAUUGUUAUUUGAAUUUUCCUAAGUGAACAGUUAACUUUAACCUCUAACAAAAGCCAAGUGAAGUAAAAGUAUUCAAUUUGCCUUGUCCUCAAGGUACUUUUCCUCAUUUUCUUAAAAGAAAAAUUACGUUUCUUACAUAUAAUGUAAUUUUGUUUAAUGACGUUGUCCCUACUUCUGUUCAUCAAAUUGCUGUGGUGGUGAAUUAUUUACCCAUGGGAGAUAAUUUAUUUUAAAUGAGAGAACUACCAGGCAUUACAGAAUCCAUUCCUUGUUUAGGUUUGUGUUAGUGGGUUGUUGAUACUUUAUUGUUGUUGUUGUGUGUCUAUUUGUUUCUUGGUUUUCUUCAAGAAAAAUGUAUGAAGCGACUUAGACCG